AUCCCUCCCACCUGCUUUCUCGUGAGAAGAAGAAAGAAAAACAGCAGCUCAAGAUUCAGUCUUUUCUAACUAAACAGAGAAGAAAGAAAGAGACAACAAUGGCCGAAGGUGUCGGAAAAUGCAGCAAGAUCCGCCACAUUGUGAAGCUCAGGCAAAUGCUCAGGCGAUGGCGAAACAAAGCACGUUUAUCUUCAGUCAGCCGUUCUGUGCCGUCGGAUGUUCCAUCUGGACACGUGGCGGUAUGCGUGGGAAGUGGCUGCAGGAGAUUUGUGGUGCGCGCGUCGUACCUGAACCAUCCGAUCCUGAGUAAUCUCCUUGUCCAAGCUGAGGAAGAGUACGGUUUCGUUAACCAGGGGCCGCUUGUCAUCCCGUGCGAAGAAUCGGUUUUCGAGGAAGCUAUCCGGUUUAUUUCCCGGUCGAACCGGUGUACUUGUCCCGAAGAUCUCCAGAAAUGCCACGGAGGGGUCACAAGCAAGCUUGAUCUUUUGAUCGAAUCUCGACCGUUGCUUCACGGGGUCGUCGAUAAAGCCGUCUGGUGAUUCUUUUAAGAUCGACGGUGAAGAAAUCAAAAUUUUGAAUAAAUCGUCAUUGACUAGGCUGAGUUACCACCAAGUCGGGUGGUGCUGAUUUUAAUCCCCCUUGGGUCACUUUUUUAUUUUAUACUAUUAAAUAUAUUUAAUUAUAUUGGUGGGUUUGAAUCGGGUGGCGAGUUACUCACCGAGUAGUGAAAGAGACAGCGGUUAAAAAGUGUGUGAAUCAUUCCACCGAGUCAUCCCGGGUUCGAAGCCAAGUUCAAGACUGUAAAUGCAAAUAAGACAGAUGAACGUUUGGUCUGAUGGGAAAUAGAGAAAGAAAAUUUAGAGUGUUCCAAUAGAAAAAGUUAACAACGAUAAAAUGUUAUUUAUGAGUGAAAAGUGUAUCCGACCAAGGCCAUGUGAAAGAAAGACUAUUAGCCCAUUUUCUGAUUCGCCUGACUGUGUUCAACUUCUUUUUUUUUUUUUUUGUCUUCACUUUCUCCACAC